UUCACUCUUCACUGCAAUUCCCUCCGUCUAAAUCCUCCAUUUCAAUUUUUAUGAAUCAAUCACUCACUUUAAUGCAAACUCAUUAUUAACUGUCUCUAUUGACCCUCCCUUGGUCAAAUUCAUGCAUUUUUUCUGAUACCUUUCAGCCUCCCCCUGCAUAAAUUUCUGGUUCCGCCCCUGGCGUGUAAUCUCUGUUCGACACCAUCCAUUCGCGUUACGUUCUGUUUGUUUGCGAAUGUGAUUUGUGUAAACUAAGUGUGUCGUGUUGUAGAAGAUUGUGCGAUCUUUCAACCUCCUUUAGACAUUGAAAGAAAGAAACGAAAGUUCUGAUUUGAUGGAUGGUUUCGCAGUAGAUGCAGGCGAGAAUGAAGAGGCAGCUGGGAGAGAAGGAAAUGGAGGUUCUCGGAAAGGUUCACAUGUCCGUGCCAAACACAGGCGGUGUAAAAGUGCUACUGACAGGAACUUGGAUAGAGGUGCAGUUUCACCGUCAGUAAAGAAUGACUUCAACGAAUCAUCUCAGGAAUUGCCACCUUCCAGAAGGACUUGUAGAGCAAGGAGUCCCCUUCAUGAAUACUCCAUCAACACUGACAAUGAUACUACAUCAAUUCAUCGGACCUCUUUGGAGAAAGAUAUUGAGAAGCUGCAAUUGCGCUUACAGGAAGAGAAAUCUAUGCGGACAAUGCUUGAGAGGGCAAUGGGCCGAGCUUCAAGUACUUUAUCUCCUGGACACAGACAUUUUGCUGCACAGACAAGAGAAUUGAUAGAGGAGAUUGAGCUCCUUGAGGAAGAGGUUGCAAAUCGUGAGCAGCAUGUUCUCUCCCUCUAUAGAAGCAUUUUUGAACAAUGUGUUAGUAGGCCUCCUUCUGAACAAAGUUCUGUGAUGGCUUCACCGGCUCAUGUAAAGAAUGAACCUAGGAAACACCCAAGUAUAAUUUCAAGCACUUUUUGUUCUUCAAAAAACUUCCCUCUACGACCUUUCCAAGCUCUGGCUUCUAUAAACGACUCAGGCAAAAGAAACUUGCCAUUGCAGUCUAAGACAAGACAUGCUCUGUUGCUUAGUGGCAAAACCAACAUUCAAGUUGAGAAAGUUCGGCCAAACCAUGUUAAGGAACUGCGACCAACUGUGGGCAAAACUUCUAUGCUACGAACUCUGAAAGAUCAUCUCUACCAGUGUCCAAGCCAGUUGUCCGAGGAAAUGGUGAGGUGCAUGGCUUCAGUUUAUUGUUGGUUUUGUAGUUCAGGCUCUACAAAUUCAGAACAAAACCAGGCACCUUUUCUCUUGAGGUCAUCCACCAAAAUUGUAAUUCCUCAAUGCGGUAUCAAUGAGGAUAGGGAUCGGACUUGCAAAUCCAUGGUUGAAGUAUUAUCAAUAUCAGCUGAUAAGAACUUCCCACAUGCAUCUUAUGCUCUGAACAACUACAGAGUGCUUGUUGAACAACUGGAAAGGGUGAGUGUGACUCAGAUGGAAACCAAUGCCAAGAUUGCAUUUUGGAUCAAUACCUACAAUUCUCUCAUCAUGCAUGCGUAUUUAGCAUAUGGUAUACCACACAGCUCUCUGAGAAGGUUAGCCUUGUUUCACAAGGCUGCUUACAACAUCAGUGGCCAGAUUGUAAGUGCAAAUGCAAUAGAGCAGUCAAUCUUCUGCUUUCAUACACCUCGAGUUGGACGGUGGUUGGAGAUUGUCCUGUCAACUGCCAUGAGAAAAAGAUCUGCAGAAGAAAGGCAACGCAUCAAGUCCAAAUUUAGUAUUCAGACUUCCCCGAGUCUUGCUUGCUUUGCCCUUUGUACUGGAGCUUUCUCGGAUCCUGUGCUGAAAGUCUACACGGCUUCAAAUGUUAAAGAGGAACUGGAGGCAGCGAAAAGGGAGUUUCUUCAAGCAAACAUAAUUGUUAAGAAGUCAAAGAAGGUGUUUCUGCCAAAGGUCCUCGAAAGAUUUGCUAAAGAAGCCUCUCUUAGGUCAGAUGAUCUUAUUAACUGGGUUACUGAAAAUGUUGAUAAGAAGCUUAGUGAUUCAAUACAGAAAUGUGUCGAUCGGAAAACCAGCCGUAAGCCAUCACAGGUCAUCGAGUGGUUACCUUAUAAUCCAAGGUUCAGGUAUGUUUUCUCCAAGGAUCUAAUGGAGAAGCAAUGGCGGCUGUGACAAUCUUUAAUGAUUCUUGGGAAGGAAUGUACCUUGGCAUGAACACUCAUUGUUAUGUAUGUGCAAAGGAGACCAUGUUCGUACUUCAUAAUGCCAAAGAUCCUACUUGUAUAUUUACUGUUUCUAUUUGCUGAUUUAGGGUGCA